CUGCUGUUAAUCGGUUCCCUGUGUAAACAUCUCAAGAAGAUGCAGCUCCAUGGUAAAGGAUCCCAAGAUCCCAGCACCCAGGUCCACAUAAAAGCUUUGCAAACUGUGGUCUCCUUUCUAUUGUUAUUUGCCAUUUACUUUCUGUCUGUAACUGUAGCAGUUUGGAAUUCUCACAGGCUGCUUAGGGAACCAGGUGACAGGCUGCUUAGGGAACCAGCCUUCAUGUUUUGGGAGGCUGUUGCAAUCGUCUAUCAUUCAAGCCACUCAUUUAUCCUGAUUUGGGGAAACAAGAAGCUAAAACAGACCUUUCUUUCAGUUUUUUGGCAGCUGAGGUGCUGGCUGAAAGGACAGAAACCCUCAACCCCAUAG